UAAAAAAAAUAUUGAAGAAGGUAUAGAAGGUUGGGAUAUCAGCUGGUAGAGCAGACGAAGUCCAGCUGUGUGUCAGCUGGUCUGGGCGUGUGGCCCCUUCUGUGGAGGUUUGCACCUCCUGAUUGUCUCGUGGAAGACAGCUGCCAUGAACAGACGUUAAGUAAAGUGUGGGUUCUGAGAUGAGAGUUUGGAGGCGGUAGUGUUGUUGAGAGAGGAGCGAGUGUUAUCUACUGACGCAGAUGGUCAGAGAAAUGUUUAGGCAGCGCUUACGAGGUGGCCAUAAAGUUGGAGGUCCGAGUUCCAUCACCAGAUCUCUUCAAGGCCAAACGGAUUUCUCUCGGCAAACUGGUAACUUGGUUGGAUCACAGUACAAUGCAUCUAUUCCGCCUUCUCAGUCUGGUCCCACUCAGCAGCCUAGACAGCCUGAAGAACAGCUGCAGCAACAGCAGCAGCUGUAUCCAACAGGAAACAGUGGUUCAGGAUGGGGAGGUGAUAGUUCAGAUGGUGCAUGGAACUGGGGAGAUGGAGAUGCUUGGUCUUGGAAUGCAAAUCAAGCCAAUAAUCCUCGGUAUCAGCAGGUGAAUCAUCGGCAGCAACAGCCACUGUUGAGUCGGCGUCAUCCUCAGCAACCAUCGCAGCAGUAUGAUCAGCAGCAUGCUUAUUCACAACAUUUGCAGUAUACUUCACAGCAUCAGUUCUCUAAAGCAACACAAAAUGACACAUACAGUAGUACGUCUGUGACUGGUACAGCUUCAUCACUUGACGAGAAUCGUGUUCCUACAAAUAAUCCACAACAUCCUCAGCCUCAACUACAGCAACAGCAGUAUGUCAAUGGCAAUGCACAAAAUGGUCAGGGAACUGAUGACUGGGGUGCAGAUAAUUGGGGUAAUGACUGGGGCAAUGCAGAACCCUACAACAACAACAAUAAUAAUAAUAAACCAGCUAAUUAUGCCAAGCAAGAGAAUCGGCAACAACACCAGGAUUACCACAGCUACCAGGAACAUCAGCAGCAGCAACCAACUUGUCAAGUUUACCCUCAACAACCGCAGCAGCAGCAGCAGCAACUGGCUCAUCAAAACUACCCACAGCAGCAGCAGCAACUGGCUCAUCAAAGUUAUCCACAACAACAGCAGCAGCAGCAGCAGCCGUCACAACGCCAAGAAUACCACCACCAUCAAUAUUUUCCUCUGCAACAGCAACAAGAGAAUGCACAUCAGCAGUUAAAUCCAGAUCCUGUAGUACAUCAACAGUUAAAUAAAGACACUGUAAUACAUCAACAGUUAAAUCAAGAGCCUGUGCAUCAACAGUUAAAUCAAGAGCCUGUGCAUCAACAGUUAAAUCAAGAGCCUGUGCAUCAACAGUUAAAGCAAGAGCCUGUGCAUCAACAGUUAAAUCAAGAGCCUGUGCAUCAGCAGUUAAAUCAAGAGCCUGUGCAUCAGCAGUUAAAUCAAGAGCCUGUGCAUCAGCAGUUAAAUCAAGAGCCUGUGCAUCAGCAGUUAAAUCAAGAGCCUGUGCAUCAGCAGUUAAAUCAAGAGCCUGUGCAUCAGCAGUUAAAUCAAGAUCUUCAGCAACAAUUUGAAAACCAGUAUCCGCAGGAUUCCCAGCAAGAAUAUCAGCAAAACUUUAAUUCUCUUCAAGAAUAUAACCAGCAGCAACAAUAUUCUGAGACUACUAAACAAUAUGUUGAUGAGGAUUGGGGUUGGGGAAUUGAUGAUUGGCAGGUAAAUGGACAGACGGCAGAGCACCGAGAAAAUAUUCAUCAACUUACCAACCCAGCAGAGACCCAGCAACCUGCUGGGUCUCUGGACACACUCAAGUCUCAGCAACCUCCAGAGUCUUGGCAACCUUCAGAGUCUGAGCAGCCUGCCAAAUCUCAAAAUACUGCAGAUAGUUGGCAACCCGUCCAGAUUCAGCAAAAGGACCUUCAAGCAGUACACAAUAAUAAUAAUCAGACUAUUCCUAGUGAAGCAAAACCCCAUGACCAUCCACAGCAGGGUAGUGCGGAAGCUCUGAGGACUGCAAGCAGCAGAGAUUCGGCUGGGGAUGGAUGGCCUGAUUGGGAAGGAGAGCAUGCCCAUGGGAUAAAAGCAAAUAGAGAUUCUAUUCAACACAUUCAAACACCUGAAGAACAAGCAAGAGGUUUCUCUUCGGUGAUAACGGCUUCGUAUCAAGGUGACGAGGCACACAAGGCAGAAUGUCAGGAACCGCAGCAGCAGCAACCGUGGGAUGAUGGUUGGGGUCACAGAGAUAUUAGUAACCAUUCAGAUGAUGCUGGUACUGCUGUUCCUGAUAAUUUUACAGCAACACAAGAUAGUUACAUACCUACCUCCAGUGUUCCUCAAAAUUAUUCUACCUUAUCAGGUAGUACUACAAUGUUGGAACAUGUCAAGCAUGACUGGGAACAGGAAUCAAUCGAGACAUAUGAUGUGCAAAGAAUAACUGAUGGGUAUGUUAAAAAUUUGGAGACUCAGCCAAUCUUAGAACAACAGAACAUCCCCAUGCAUCAAGUGGAGACUCAAAGUAGUAACACCAGUACUAACAACCCAUCAUUAGAAAGUUCUGUUGCUCCUUUACUUAUGGCAGAGUCUACUGUGUCAGGUGAACAUGAAGCUCAUGCCAUGCUGAAUACUUUGGAUGACAGGUGGGGUGAUGGUUGGGGAGAGACAGAAGCACAUCUGGAACCAGAUGAAGUAAUUAAAGUUUCUAAUAAGCCUGAAGUGCAUAGCCAGGAAAGUUGUCCUGAUUCUGAACACGUGCAUUCACAUGAAACUCGGCAGCUUGAACAACUGCAUUCACUAGAUAGGGAGAUGAAUGUAUCUAUUGCCCCUGUACAUAGUUAUUCAGAUUUUUAUCCUCAGAAUACUGCAGAACGUCAACCACACACGGAAGAAGAAGAAAGUCAUCGUGCUCAGGAAAGGAAUGAAAACAAGCCCAGUGAAGAGCAGCAGUACCAUGAUGGUUACAGUAGUGGAGCUGUGACUCAGUCAAGUGGAUGGGAUGAUGAAUGGGAUCAAGAAAUUGUAAUUACAAAAUCGGAGGACACAUCUCCACUAUCCAGUAGGGAUGAAACCUGUACUUCUGAUAACUCCAAAUGUGAAAUGGAAUAUGUAACAAAAGGUGUAGAUAAUCUAACUCUUUCGGAAGAUACACAUGAUCCCAAGGAACCCCUUGCUCUUUCUACCGAGUCUCUCCUGCAGGAGCUUCCUCCACAAACACUUCAACAUCGGCAUUUUCUUACUGAGGCUCCACAGCAAGAGCUGCAACAUAACUCUUUGUUGGAACAGAAUGUUUUACUGGAUUCAGAGUCCCAUAAUCAAUCAAGAACUGAAUGCUAUGAGUCUCCACAAAAUUAUGACAUUGGGUAUGUGCCACAUAGUUACCCGCAGGCACCUCAAGAAUCUACCAGUCAGGUUGAUCUAGCACUCAAAGAGCUACAUUUGAAUUAUCCCUCUAUUCAGCAAACCGAGCAUGAGCAAAGACAAGAGCAGCAGCAUCAAUAUGAGCCACAAAAUCAGUAUAUGAAGCAAAUAAAUCAACCCUUGCCUUCAUUGAGUCCUAAACCUACAUCAAUAAAGCCACCAAAUGAACCUGAAGUAUUGCCACAAGAAAAACAUUUUCAGCCACCUACAUCAUCUCAGCCUCUCGGUCAGCCUGAAGCCCAUCCACCUGUUGCAGGUCACAGUUACCAGCAUCAUCGGGAUAUGAACCAAGAGAUUGUGCAACAUCCAUCGACCUUAAUUACUCCACUGCCUGAUCCCCUUUUCUCGAGAAUUCCUGAUGGGGCAUCAUCUAUUCCUGAAGUACCUCCUGUUGUAGGCACAGAUGAUGAUGAAAGCAGCCAUAUAGAGGAUGUUUAUAGGCCUUUAAUAAUGAGUGCUGGCCAGCAGGUAUCUGAGCGUCCAUCCUCCUCUCAAUCUGUUAGCUCUCAACCAGGUUGUCUUUCCUCUCAACCUGUUCGUCCUCCAUCUUCACAUAUCUUUCCCGAUCGUCCAGCGUCUAACCAAUCUGCUCACUCUGUGCAUUCUAUUCAUUCUGUUCGGUCAACACAGUCGGCACAUUCUACACAUUCAUUCAUUAGUCAGAACCAGGAAGUACCUUUAGCAGAGAAGUCUAAAAUUCCUGCAUGUCGAUCAUCUCUCAGUCAAAUUGGUCAGCAGGAGGAGUGUGCUACUGUUGUGCAAACAAAUUCUUCUGUAGAUCUCAGUACAGAUGGCACAGCUUCCCCAUCUAACCAUUCUGUAGGCCCACCACCAGUGUCUGGACCUCUUGGGGUAGUAUCAAGUUUAAAAGCAAGAAAAGGUAGUCCUUUCCAACCCCCUUCUGUGAAGCCGUCUACCCCUGGCAUAGCCUCAGAUGCAACAUACCAAUCACAGUUUUUCUCUUCACCCCAAACUGCUACCACCAGUACCGUUACUUCGGUGCCUGGCCCAGCCUUUCCUGAUGUUAGUGCUAAUCUUGAAACAACUCCUGAUAAUAAUGAACAACCCUCUGAUCCAGUAAAAACUGGAGUACCUCUUUGGUCUGCCUCUGAAGACAUGUUAAUUAAUGUUAAGUUAGCUGUUGUUUCCCCCUCUGUAGAUACAUUUGCCUCAACCAAGUCUCAGCUGUCUUCUAACAUCAUUCCUUUAGUAAUAUCUGGCAUGGUGAAGGAAGAAAAGACUGAGCUAGAUGCACCCACAAAUCAACAUUCUGCUGCUACUGUUCAUCCAGAACCUCCAGCUGCUCAUAGUGCUAAUUUACAAGCUGCAGUAGUGAAACCAAAAAUUCUAUCACUUUCCAACAUGUCUGCUAUUCCUACUGCACCACAUGUUUUAGAUCUAUCACGGCCUUCAAGAUCUACAAUUGAGCCUAGAGGUGAUGGCUCUCAAAAUAUAAGCGACAGACCAAAUUUUAGCCGUAUGGUUCCUGGGGAAUCUAGUAAAGGUGAAUCCACUACUGUAUCUACUUAUCAAGCUCCAUCUAUAGUUCCAUCCAUGCCAUCAGAAAGGGUUGUUACGGGGAAUGAUAACCCUCAACCAGUGCUACCAGUACGAAUAAAACAGGAGCCACCAGAAGUAAGAUCACCACCUGAUGGACCAUACACCAGUAACUUAAUGAGUACGGGUGCUUCUGUUAUACCACCAAUUAGAAGCGAGACCAUUGGUUCAGAGGAACCUACAUCACGUAACUUCACUACAACAAAUUCUGGGAGCCGUUCUGAUUUAGCUAAUGAUCACAGGGCUGACAGGGGUGGUCGUUGGGAAAGAGACCACUCUCGUGACAGAGACAGUAGAAAUGAUAAAUAUCGCGAUGGGAGCCGUGAGCAUAAUAGAGAUUAUUAUCGUGAUGAUUCUCCACACAGCAGGCGUUCUUAUGAUCGUGACUAUGAUAGGAAGUAUGAUGAUGACAGGAGACGCUGGCGAAAAGAAUCUGAUGAAGAGGAGGAUGGUGAUCGAAGAUAUUACGAAUCUCGAGAUAGACGUGAACGAGCAUAUAGGGAUGAAUUGGACCGUUAUAGUGAUCGACCCAUAAAAGAAGAAGAAAGAUCACAUUCUAGAGACAAGCGCCAUGAUUAUCGUGAGAGGCCAAAAGAUUAUUACAGGACUUUUGAUGAAGAUCCUUACUAUGGAAGAGGAGACAGGUCUCGACCAGUAUCACGAUCUAGUAGUAUCAACAACCUAGACAAUGAUGGUGAACGCUCAGUUCAUUCUCAUCGAUCCCGACACGAUUAUUAUGCUCGACAUGAUCGUCGGGACUCCCACUCGAGGGACUCGGAUCCUAGAGACAAGGAUGCCCCAUAUACCAGAGAUCCUAGGGAAAAAGAUUUCUAUCAACGUGGAUGGGAUACCAGAGAUCGUCGGGAUACCCGUUACUAUAACCAAAGGGGUGGCUAUGAAGAUGCAUAUGGUUCUAGAGAUCUGUAUAACCAGUAUCACUAUGCUAGUUAUUAUCAAUACUAUCGGGAUCAUCCAUACUACAAGGAUUAUUAUAAACAGUGGAUGAAGCAGUAUGGGCAGGCUUAUCAACCGGAAACCUUUUAUGAUGACCGAACCAGUAUUCAUUCUGGACGGUCAUCUGUAAACGACGAUCUAAAAAAGUCUGUCAGCAGUCCACGUGCGGCCUAUGAUCCUUAUGGCUACUAUUACGGCCACACAAGCCAGCCCCCCUAUAAUUCCAGCCAAUUCGUCCAAGAUAUUCAUGGAAGGGCUUCUGUGGGGGCUUAUGAGUCCACUUCUGUAUAUCCUGAUGGAUCCUUCACCCAGCUCAAGUCCUUUGCCAGUGGUGAAUUAAGUGGUGUGCCAUCAGUAACAGAUGAUGUUGGCAGUGAAGCUCCCCAGCGUAUGACUCCAGUACUAUUUGGUAGUGCGCACAUAAAUGCCCAAUUCACUCCUGGUGGUCAGCUGUUAUUUGUGCUUCCAAAAGACCCUAGGGAUGGACAGAAAGCUGUGGUACAAUUGCGUGAUGUUCAGAAGAUGUUGUGCAUGAACCCUGCAUUAAAUAAAACGGUUCAGCAAAUGAAACAUUAUCCAGGACCACUUACACUGUCGGAUACUCACAAGGAUGUGGUGGUGAAAUAUUGUGAGCAGCAGGUUGCCGAGGCAACUAGAAAUCAAAGCCUUCAUGACAAGGAAUCGGUUAUACUAAUAUGGGAAUAUCUAGCACUGCUGGUGAAACAAAAUGGCAAGCUUUAUGGAAGUGAUGUAGCUGGACUCUUAUUAAAUGGACGAGAUGAGCCUUCUCAGGUGCAACAAGUCAGUUUGCCUAUUAAAUCUGAAACCCCUCCAGAGAGUCUGUCCAUGGAUGCCAGUCCACAAGAUGAAGGGAUUGACAUUUCAACUCAAACACUACCUACAAUGCCAGAAAGGAAUGAAGCAGUACUUUUUAAAAAGUUCACAGAGUAUCUCUGCCUGGGAAGAAAACGUGAAGCUGUUGAUUAUGCAAUGCGAGAAGGAUUGUGGGGUCAUGCUCUUGCCCUGUCAUACAAGAUGGAUACAACCACCCACACUCGUGUGUUGGCUGCCUUCUCCAGCUCUAUCCCUCACACUAAUGUUUUAUUAACAUUAUUUCAACAGUUAUCAGGGAAAAGGCCAGAGAUCACCAAGAGCUACACACCACAACAGUGGGGUGACUGGCGGCAGCACCUGGCAAUGAUGAUAUCCAAUCCCACUGGGCACACGCAACGUGACCGAGCCUCUAUUGUAGCCCUAGGAGACACGUUGGCUUCUCAAGGACAGCUGUAUGCUGCUCACUUCUGUUACCUCAUGGCUGAAGUUGAAUGGGGUUCAUAUUCUAACAAGGAUUCAAAACUUGUCCUUAUUGGUUCUUCUCAUCAGCUUCCAUUCCAGGCCUUUGCCAGUAAUGAAGCAAUACAGUGCACUGAAGUAUACGAGUUUGCCCGGUCUCUUGACAGUAGUAAUCCGCUAUUGGAUACAUUCCAGUCGUAUAAGCUUGUUUAUGCUCUCAGGCUGACAGAAUAUGGGUUUCCAGCUGAAGCAUUAAGAUACUGUGAGGUAAUCAGUCAGUUGGUAAACAAGACACCAGCUCCACAUAAGGCAGAGUUCCUCUCUCAGGUGUAUGACCUAGCUUCCCGCCUUAAAUAUCAUGAUCUCCACUAUCAGAUGUGUCAAGGAGAAGUAUCAGAGAUGCCAGAUCCCCAAUGGCUGGCUGAUUUUCAGGGUGUUGUGGAAGCAGCCAAAGCCCAUGCAGCUCAAAUGACAACAAUGGAAGAUAGUUAUCAAACUCAACCAGAUGGAGCUAAGGAUUCCAGCCAUGGAAUAACUGCAGUGUUGGAUUCUAAUAGACAAGCGCACCUUUCAGCUGCCGAACCCUACCAGUAUUUUGUGAAGUCGGAUAACUCUUUUCACACUUUAAACUCUACUACUAAUAAUUCCUACUUGCAAGAUACUACGCUAAUUGAAGCCCCUCCUUCACAAGUUACCUUCAGUGAUACGAUGGAUGGUGUGUAUCAACACCAACAUCCAGCAAAUCACUUGGCGUCCUCACAAUCUCCUGAAGGAUUGAAUGAUACUAGCCAGUUGAGGGAUGUUAUGCCCCCAUCCAAGGAGAGCACACCGCGCCAUGAAGUCCCUGUCAUACAGAAUACUCAACAGGAUCAAACGCAAUAUUCAUACAGUGGUGGGUACUGGCCAGGAUAUUCCCAGCCUGACCCUAAUGCGUCAUUAUACAUGCAGAACAACUCCCCAGAAGAAACCCAUGGCAGUCUUCCACCCUCUCCUGAAACAAGCGGAGAGCAGAGACGUGGCAGUGUUACACCUAUGUCACAGCCAAAUAACUUGAGCAACUAUCAACCCUAUCAAGAACCUUACCAAGCUUGGGAACAGCAGCAGCAAGCAAAUGAUAUGUCUGAAUCUAUGCCAUCCAGAUCUCAGGAAACCAAUGACUCUGAUCUUUCAUCUCAUACUCAAAGAACACCUGAAGAAGAAGCUUACUGGGCAGAAAUGACGGGUAAAAAGGGUAGCAUUGACCUCAAGAGAGUGGACAAGAAGUCUGAGAAAGGUGAUGGAGAACGGUGUCCAAGGGAACCUCUAGUCCAUCCCCUCAAGCUAGAAAAUAAAACCAAGAGGGUGUCCUUCAAGCCCCAGGCAAGUCAAAAAGAGAGAAGAGAGAGCUGGGCUGACACGGAGCAGCAAACUAGUUCAGCUGGGGAAAUCAGUAGUACUUGCUCUCAAGUUCAGAAUAGCACUAAUCCUGCUGGACAUCAUAAUGUAAAUAACACAACAGAUACCUCAAUCAAAGAUAAGUCUGACAGUGAUAAAAAAUCUGACAAAGAUUUAGACAAGUCACAAGAUAAAGGUGGAGGAUGGUCCCUUUCUAAAUUGUUGGGAUGGAACAAAUCCAAGCAGGCAGUGCUACCUGAUGAUAAAAACCCCACUAUUAUAUGGGAUGAAAAUAAGAAAAAGUGGGUGAACCAAGAUGGUGAUGAGGAGGUGACUGCCCCUCCUCCCCCUCCUCCUAAGAGUGCUAUCAGUGGCCCAGGUGCUCCACCUCUCAUGAUGACAAGAGGCGGACCAAGAAAAUCUCGUUAUGUUAACACUGAAAAAGACUCGAGUAAGGGAAUGGCAGGAGGAAUGCCUGUAAAUCUUCCAAAUUCUAUGCUGCCCCCAAUGCCAGGGGCACCCAUGAUCACUGGUGGUCCUUCCAUGUCUCCACCAGUAAUGGUUCCAGCACCAGUGCAGCUUCAACAAGGGGGCCGAGAUACUCCUGACGGUCUUCAAGCAGCACAAGGUGUCGGGCACCAAGAGCAGCAGCAGGCACCUGUGCCACAAGUCACACCAACUCUUGCACCACUACCAGAUAUUGCCCAGAUGAGGAGAUCGCGAUAUAUUUCUGAAAGUUCCAUUGAGCUAGAGGAUGACUGGCCACCAGCCAAUACUGAGGGAACAUCGAAUGAUGGGAGUGAAGGAGCUGGAUUUGUGCCGAUGAUAGGCCCACCAACUGGCCAACCACAGUUCUUUAACCCUGCCCAGUUUAACACGCCUGUUACAUCCAACGUCAACCAAACUAGGAGACUUGGCCCUGGAAGACGGUCAUUGCCUGCAAAACGACAGGAAUUCACUUGAAGUUUGGUAGCUGAAAUGGGGUUAAAUUAUUUGUUCCUGUGAUUUAUAGUUUUAAUAUACAUAUUUGAAUCCGCAAAAUUAAAUUUUUCCUGUGAUUUACUUUUAAUGUCUUUGAAUAAACAAAAUUUUGUGAAUUUGACUAGAGAAACAUGAAAUGCAAACUUUAUAAUAUAGGGAUCAAGCAAUUUAUAACUAAUUACUUUCUAUAACCUAAUUAAAAACUUGCAUGGUUACAUGCCAAGACCAACUUUUGUGCAAAAAAAAAAAAAUGGUGAUAAUAUAGAUGCCAAUAAUCUGAUUCAAUAAAACUAUUUGAGCUUGUCAUUCAGUUAUUAGUUAAGUGCUAAAGGCAGGCUGUGUCCAGAUGGUUGUGGUAGUAUAAUAGGUCACUUUAAAGACAGUUGCAUUAUAUCGUAAUGCAUGUAGCCUAUUAUUUUUGCCAUUGAUUUUGAGGACUAAUACCUGGGCACUUUGUUAUGUUGUGUAUUGUUAUAUUUGUGUUCAAUGCAUAUCAUAUAUAUAUCACUUUAUUUUAUUGUUUAGUAAAUGAUUUUCACUGAUAAGAUCAUAUGUUUUGGCCACAAAAAGCAGAUAGUGCAAUAUUUGAUAGUGUAUUGCUAUGGAGUUGAGAGUAUAUAUAUUGGUCCUUCUAUGUUCUUCAAAUUGCACCAGCUUACAUAUGUGCAGGUAUAUAUGAAAGUUUAAAUACCACAAAUUAUAUGCAUUAUCUGUGUAUUGAAUAUAUAGUAGUGUAGCUGUCCAGUGCUUGUUGCCAUUUCAGGGUUUUUGACCUCUGAAAGAUGUCUGAUUGCUCAUUUCAUACCUUAAAAUUGUCUUGCAUAAAAGGGAGUUGAAGGCUGUCUAUAGUGGCUAGAAUUAGUCAUGGUGCCAAGACAUUGAUCCACUACAGUGCUUCAGUCAGCCAAGUGUACAGUUAAAAGUUGUCACAAAAAAUACCUGGCAAUUAUUUGCAUGCAUGCUGGGUUAGGAAUAUUUGUAUAAUUUGGGUCUUUACAGUGCAUUAAACUUCAUCAAUUUAUAAGUAGGCAGACUGAUUUAUGGGUAUGUUACACGAAAUAUAUAUUGUUCAAUGGUUCAAGAUGAAAAAUGGUAUUAUGGAUACAUUACACUUUCACAAUUUUUCAUUCCUUGCCUGGUGAUAGUAGCUACUUAUUUAUUAAUACUAAAAUAUAAGUGAUUGUAGCUGGCAAUCAACUGAGGGAAGAAAUGAUACAUUGUAGAAAUGCAUACAGUACUCAAUUUAAAAGUAAGUUUAUUCAGAUUGUUAUAAAUUUAUAUCAGGACAAUAUAUUUUAUUAAUUGUAUAUUGGUUAUGUCACUAUGUUUUAUGGAGCGUACUUGCAUUUCUAAAGGUUGUAGUUAGCAUAUUGUAAACCUUUCACUGGAUACGUCAUCAAAGCUGUUAACUAGAACUAUUUAUGGCUUAAAUUUCACUGAUAAUUCUGGUUAGUAAUAUUGGGAAGCCGAUCCUGGUGUCAAAGAUUAUUCUUUCACCAAUAGGUGCUUUUUGUGCUAUGGUACUCAUUGGUCUUGUGGUUAUAAAGGGCUUUGCAUAAAUAUUUUAUACAUUUUAGAAGGAAUUUUUGUUCUUGGUACUUUUUGAUAGGCUUCAUUGUUUUACUGAAGCCUUUAAAUUCAGGUGUCGUCUUUAACUAAUUUCUUAACAGUUUGCUUUAAGCAAAUCAUUUGGAAGCAUUGAUCUCCCCAGCAUUGUUGUUCUAAUAAGUCCACUCUGUUUCCAAGAAAAAGUACAUAAUGUUCUUGUCGCAUGUCGGGAGGGAAAACUUCGAUCGAUAUUUUAUCUAUUAUAAGGCAGUGUCAGAAGUGAAUUUUCCCUUGAAGUGACUUGAAUUAUAUACAGAAAAGCUUGUACUUGCCAGAUGUUAAUAAAUGGCUAUUGUAAUAUACUGGACAAAUGUGCUGUUAACGUGUUUUAAUCGUGGGCAAUAUUGGGGGUGACUUGUGUUGCCCCACCACAGGAAUUGGGAUAGUUUAAACUUUCUUAUUGUAUAUUAGAUUCUUUACAAUAAUUUUAUUCCUUCUCUACCCUAGCAACUUAUUUUGAAAGUGAUGAAACUAGAAUGGUAUGGGUAUAUUUAAAAAGUUUUAUGUACAUAUUGGUAUAUUAAAGUAUGUGGCCCUUCAUA